AUGUCGUUACCUCCCGUCGAUCCUCCCGUAUCAACAGUCCUCCAUUCCGACUCGUUCCAACUUCUACCAGAGGCUAAGAAAUCUGGCGCAGCAGAAGAUGCCCUCUACGAGCAGCAGAUUAAAGAUGUCGAGGCAUGGUGGGCAUCGCCUCGAUACGAGGGUAUUAAGAGGCCAUAUACCCCCGCCGAUGUCGUAUCAAAACGAGGAUCACAGCUUCAAAACUAUCCCAGCUCCGUAAUGGCAAGGAAACUUUUCAAUCUGAUCAAGGAGAGGGAAGCAAAGGGGGAGCCGAUACACACAAUGGGAGCGAUCGAUCCUGUACAGAUGACGCAACAAGCGCCGCAUCAAGAAGUACUCUAUAUUUCCGGAUGGGCCUGCUCCUCAGUCCUUACCAGUACAAACGAGGUGUCGCCGGAUUUUGGCGAUUAUCCUUAUAACACGGUGCCAAACCAGGUUCAACGUCUCGCGAAGGCGCAGUCAAUGCAUGAUCGAAAGCAAUGGGAUUUGCGGCGGAAGAUGACCCCGGAAGCCCGGAAGGAAACGCCGUAUAUCGACUAUCUCCGCCCUAUCGUCGCAGAUGGUGAUACGGGACACGGCGGAUUAAGCGCGGUACUAAAGCUUGCUAAGCUAUUCGCCGAAAAUGGCGCUGCUGCUGUUCACUUCGAGGAUCAGCUGCACGGCGGUAAGAAGUGCGGCCAUUUAGCGGGCAAAGUUCUGGUACCUGUAGGAGAGCAUAUCAACCGGCUCAACGCUGCCCGCUUCCAAUGGGAUGUUAUGGGCUCGGAAAACCUUGUCAUCGCACGUACCGAUUCGGAAAGCGGGAAGCUUAUAUCUAGCGCGAUCGACGUGAGAGACCACGAGUUAAUUCUCGGCGUUGCGGAGGAGGGUAUUGCGCCUCUCGCAGAGACGCUUCAGGAGAUGGAGGCUGCAGGCGCGCCAGGUUCGGAAAUAGACGCAUUUGAAGCCGAAUGGGUAAAGAAGACGCGGCUGGUGACAUUUGACGAGGCCGCCGUCGAACAACUGAAAUCUCAAGGAAUAGCUCAAGACAAGAUAGACUCAUACCUAAGAGCUGUCGAGGCAAACGCAAACAUGGGCAUAACGAAACGCCGUGAGAUGGCGAACCAGUACGCCAACAAACCUAUCGUCUUUAAUUGGGAUAUCCCCCGCACCCGAGAGGGAUAUUAUCACUAUCGCGCGGGCAUGAAAGCCGCCACGAAGCGAGCUCUCGCAUUCGCGCCUUACGCCGAUCUCCUCUGGGUCGAAACCGGCGAUCCAAACGUCGAGGUGGCAACCAAGCUCGGCCGCACGGUAAGGCAAGCAUUUCCCGGCAAGGGCCUAGUCUACAAUCUAUCGCCCUCGUUCAACUGGAUGGCCCACGGGUUCACCGACGCCAAGCUCAAAUCCUUCAUCUGGGACAUCGCCAAGGAGGGCUUCGUCCUGCAACUAAUCUCGUUGGCGGGCCUGCACAGUACCGCUACCAUCACGAACGAGCUCGCUAAAGAGUACAAGAAGGACGGCAUGUUGGCUUACGUUAAUCUCGUGCAGCGUCGCGAGAAGGAACUUGGCUGCGACGUUUUGACGCAUCAGAAGUGGAGCGGCGCGAGUUAUAUCGACGGAAUUCUAGGCGCCAUUCAAAGCGGGAGCAGUGCGAGCAAGAGCAUGGGAGAGGGGAAUACGGAAGGGCAAUUUCACUAG